AUGGCGCCCACCAGAGGGUCAUCCAAGGGUGCCUCCUCCGGAGGUGCCUCCAAGGGCUCCAAGGGCACUAAGCCUUCAACUCUGUCCUCUUCCUCCCGCGUGAGCAAGCCCAGCAGCAAGAAGAACGUCAAGCGUCCCCCGCCAGUUGAAGUCAAGUCCAAGGCGCGCACCGCCCCCGAGAACUUGAAGCGCAAGAAGAAGAGAGUCUAUACCGAGGCAGAGCUUGACCUGCCCAAGCUGAAUCAGAUCACGCCCGUUGGAGUUGUUAAGCCCAAGGGAAAGAAGAAGGGCAAGGUUUUCGUUGACGACCAGGAGGGUAUGAUGACAAUUCUCGCCAUGGUCAACGCCGAAAAGGAGGGACAGAUUGAGUCCAAGAUGAUGAAGGCUCGCCAACUCGAGGAGAUCCGAGAGGCCAAGAAGGCCGAGGCCGAGGCACGCAUGAAGGAGAAGAAGUCCAAGUUGGAUGCCGUGAAGGAUUCUAUUCGGAACAAGAAGAAGAACAAGGGUGGCAACGACAAGGGUGCAGAGAGCUCCUCGGCUUCCUCAAAAUCGGCCAAGGGAAAGCGCAAGAGCGUUUCAUUUGCUUAA